UAACCAAAUAAGUCAUUUACUAAGCACAAGGGAAAGGUGGCGUUUUAAAAGGAUAUAGUUUCAUUAUUGCUGCACAGACCGACUAGUUUUCUCCCUGGAAUCGAUUACUUCCUUUGUAUAUAAUAUAUGACUUUUUUGAAGGGUUUUCAGUCGACCAUCAAUACUCCUCUUCGGGCUUUUGCCAAGAUCACAUUGGAAUCCCUUGCAUACUGGAAUAUACCAAGAAUGGCUGGAUUCAGAUUUGCGAAUUUAUCAAUUACACUUGUAAUCUUAACUGCUCCGUCAACAACUGUUCCUCAAACUGCUACCCCGUCAAAGUCUGCGCAAAAAGUUGUAGUAAGGCUUACAGACCAUUGGUAGCUGAUUGUCCUGACACGAUAUACAACGAGAGUCAUCAGGGUUGGUCGAGGUGCAAUACAACAAAAUGCAAUCUGACAAGUGGCGAACAAACAUUUGGAACAGAACAUACUUGCCGCUAUGAGGGUGAUCAGUGUAAUCUAAACUGCAGGGGGAUAAACUGCAAACAAACUUGCAAAGAAAGAAUCACCGUAUUAGCAGUAACAUCGUCACCAUCUCUCUUACCUGCGACGGCAAGGUCAUCAAUGAUAAGCUUGCAACCUUCCUCAUCGCCUUUGAUGUCACUGGCACUAUCGCUCUCGACGUGGCCAUUGCCAUCGCCAUCAUCGAUAUCACCAUCUUCGUCUCCGUCGCCUUCGAAUGCAAUUCAAAAGCUGGCAAAUGACUAUGUCUCCAAACUUGGCGGACUUGAUAGCAGCAGAAACACUUCUUUGCGGGAGGCUGUUAACGUGUUUGAAAACUUCCUCGUCCGUUUUGAAAACAUGACUAAACCUACUGAGGGUCUUUCCACCAUCAUCGAGGUUAAAACCGGAAGGGAAUCCAUCUUUAAUGUAGCUAUCGCUUUCGAGGAAUUUGCUCUGGAUUAUAGCAAGCAACACCUGAAGGGAACAAUGCUAUCAGAAGAGAUCGUUAGCGGUAAAAUGGUGUUGAGAAUUCAAAAGGCUUACCGCCGAAAUGCAAGUGAUUUAUGCCUCGAGGAACACGAAUGGAAAACAAGCAUCGACAUUUCCUCUUCAAAUUUUGCAGACAAUGGUUCAGUGGUUAUUGGGUGUUUUUACAAGAAUCUCCAUGAACUACUGCCGAACAAUCGACCCAACAGGAAUAGUCCAGGCAACACAAGAUAUGUGGGCACCAGAAUGAUGAUGGCAGCCAUGGAUCCUAAACCCGAAAAACUGCUGGAAAAUGUAAUCUUAAAGUUCAGAAACUUGGAGAUCAAAAAAAGGCUGACGAUGUGCAUGUUUUGGAGCGGCUUCAGCAAACUGAGCCCCGACGGAUUUUCAGACAAAGGAUGCUAUGUAGUUACGUCGGAAAGUAACUCUGAAGAAACAGUUUGCAGCUGCAAUCAUUUGACUCAUUUUGCUGUCUUAUUUGACUACAAUGAUAGCACGGAGCUUUCCGAGCAGGACGAAACUGUGUUGGAGAUUAUUACCUGUGUAGGAUUAAGCCUUUCUAUUAUCGGAAUAUUUUUAACAAUAGCCUUGUACUCUUCCUUUACAGACGUCCCUAAACCUCUAUCUCAAACUCGAAUAAGCCUUUGUCUUUCACUCGGAGCUGGACAGGCAACGUUUCUCGCCGGAAUAAACGCCACAGAAAACACGGCUGCCUGUGUUGCGGUAGCAGCUCUGAUGCAGUAUUUCCUGAUGGCCGCAUUUUGCUGGAUGCUGGUCGAGGGAAUUUAUCUCUACCUGUUUGUUGUGAAAGUUUACAACAUCAACACCAAGAUGCACAUUUAUCACGUUAUCGCAUGGGGUCUCCCUAUGAACAUGGUGGCCAUUUCCCUUGGGAUUGCUGGUGGGAAAGAAGGAAUACAAAGCUAUAUCAGUGACCAACAUUGCUGGCUAUCCUCAAAUAACAAUCUGAUCUGGAUUUUCGUUGCCUUUGUGGCGUUCAUUGAAGUUCUCAACAUCUUGAUACUCGUGCGAGUCAUAAAAGAGAUGACCAAUUUGGUACAGCCAACAGCAGAAGACAACCAUUUUCAGCAAAUACGACUUGGUAUCAAAGCAUCCGUUGUGAUGAUUCCUUUACUGGGUGUCACUUGGCUAUUUGGGUUUCUUUCGCCUGUGCAUAAAGCUUUUGCAUACAUUUUCACAAUACUCAACUCUACUCAGGGUUUCCUGAUUUUCGUUCUUCACGGCUUGCGAAAUACUCAGAUAAGAGAGCGACUCAAAAGAAAGAUCAACGUCGUUUUUACGUCUUUAAAUGAGGACAACUCUACAAGGAAGAGCCUACAUGUCAAUUCAAGUGAAAUUGGCGAUGUACGGGCAGUUGAAUUGCAGUCUCGCAGUAAUCUUGAGCCGAAGUUGCGCUGUAAUUAGGUAACUGGACUCGACCAUCAGGCAAUGCUCAUUGAUCGUUCAUUACGAUCUUUUGGUUAAAAGCAAAAAACUGGAUGCCUCGGAUCUGAGUUUUAAUCUGUAGGUAAAGUGGGGUUGCUUAUAUGAUUGUAUAUUUCCUGAACGUUUGUUUAGUAGCAGGCUGAGUUGUCCACACAAAGGCUCUAGUCGUCGUAGCUAACUAAUCUAGAAGUUAUCGUUCCUGGUUCUUUUUACAUUAGCAUAGCUGCUCUGCUAAUAACUGACCUUCGAAGAAGACUGGAAUCUACGUUAGACGUGCCGGGAAUUUAUGUAAUGAAGUUAGCACUCAUUCUUCUUUAAUUAGCACUGUGUUUAAUUAUAACAUGCAUUUAAUUGCCUCUUUCAAUCCAUGUGCGUUGAGUUUUAGAACUCAUUGCAGGAUGGUUUAAUAUCUCAUAUGUGACCUAUUAGGUACUGAGUGGAUAAACAACUUUUUUAAAGUAGUAUCUUGUUAAUGUAAUAGAAGCAACCUCAUCUAACAUUUAAAUUUGUUGCUUAUAAAUGGAUAGAAGGAUAAAUAGAUGGUUGAAUGCAGAGUUAAUGGAGAAAUUAGUAGAUUAAAAACAAAAAUAAAUUUAUGAUAAAU